GGUAACACCGGGUGACCUGGGGCUCAGGUGCAGGGUGGGUAGCAGGCUCUAGGAGUCAUCUAGGGGCCGCCACCGCCUGGGAAUGGUAAAGUGCAGGCUUUACAGAGGGAUCGGGCAAUGUUGUGGGCCCGCGCAUAUGACGUCACUUCCGCCCAUCUUCCGGCUCCAGUUCGGGCCUUCCGGCGCUCGGGGCGCAGCUGAGGCUUAGGCUUUAGCGGAGGCCUGGGCAGAGCAAUGCCGAAGGUAGUAUCGCGCUCGGUAGUGUGCUCGGACACCCGGGACCGAGAGGAGUACGAUGACGGCGAGAAACCCCUUCACGUCUACUACUGUUUGUGCGGCCAGAUGGUGCUAGUCCUGGAUUGCCAGUUAGAGAAAUUACCCAUGAGGCCCCGGGACCGAGCCCGGGUGAUUGAUGCAGCCAAACAUGCUCACAAGUUCUGUAACACAGAAGAGGAGGAGAGUGUCCAUCUCCGGAGGCCUGAAGGCAUAGAACGGCAAUUCAGGAAGAAGUGUGGAAAGUGUGGUUUGCUGCUCUUUUACCAGCACCAGCAGAAGAAUGCCCCAGUGACCUUUAUUGUGGAUGGAGCAGUUGUCAAGUUUGGCCAAGGCUUUGGGAAGACCAACAUAUACAGUCAAAAACAAGAACCUCCUAAGAAGGUAAUGAUGACCAAGCGAACGAAGGAUAUGGGCAAGUUCAGCUCUGUCACUGUCUCCACCAUUGAUGAAGAAGAGGAGGAGAUUGAAGCCAGAGAAAUCGCCGACUCAUAUGCACAGAAUGCCAAAGUGAUUGAAAAACAGUUGGAGCGUAAGGGCAUGAGCAAGAGACGGCUUCAGGAGCUGGCUGAGCUAGAAGCCAAAAAAGCCAAGAUGAAAGGGACUUUGAUUGACAACCAGUUUAAAUGACAGAAGACCUUGCUUGAGGCCAGUUUGUCAACCUCCUUGGCAUGGGCAAGCUGAUCACUAUCACCACAACUUGAGAGAAGUGGAUCUUGAUUUCCCAAAUCUAAAGAGUUCUCCUCACUAAGCUUACCAUGCUCUGCCCCGGUAGUUUAAUAGCACUAACCCUAUCCUAGAGAAGAAUUCCUAACCUCUUCCUCUGCUUGGUUUUUGUAGGCGAUUUUUUUGGUCUAGUGAAUGUUUUCCCUCUCUUUCUCUGCUGAAAUUAUGAGAAUGGAGAACAAUGUUUGAAUUCAUUUUUACUUUCUUCCUUUGAACUGAAUGAAUACAAAAUAAAAGUCUUUAGAAAAA